UUAUAUUCAUGUGGCCUGUAUAUGUAUGCUCAUUCUGGUUAGGAUUAUGUGUUAGUGUUAGGGUUUGCAGUGCGCACUAUAAUUCGUUUUCCUGGUGAGGGGAUUGAGUAAGAAUGGCUCGACUGAUUAAGCCAUGUCAUGGGUCGGCUUUUUUCGGGGUUUCAUUGGCAAAGCGGGGUUUUUCGAGCCUAAUACCAUCUUUUCAUGAACAAACCGCCAAAUGUGGAGGUUACUGUCAACAUCCCCAAAGAAAUUAUCAACGUAAUUUAAGUGCCCUAUCCCAGCAGGUUUCACAUUGGAGGAGAAUUCAGUUUCCCCACCCUUUGUCCACCAGUAAGAGACUUACUCGGGCGCUGAAUAGUUCAGUUGCAACACAACGUUUCCCAACUCAAACUGAAAAUUCAAAGAUGGAGACCCCCAAAGAGAUCUUUCUUAAGCACUAUAAGAUGCCUGACUAUUUUUUCGACACGGUUGAUCUAAAAUUUUCACUUGGUGAAGAUAAAACAAUUGUUUGCUCCAGAAUAACUGUUUUACCAAGGGUUGAAGGUGUUUCAUUUCCAUUGAUCUUGGAUGGACAAGAUCUCAAGUUGGUUUCAAUCAAACUUAAUGGCGAGGAACUGAAGAAGGAAGAUUUUGUUUUGGACUCGCGCCAUCUCAUAUUGGCUUCGCCUCCAACAAAGCCAUUCAUAUUGGAGAUUGUCACGGAGAUAUAUCCUCAGAACAAUACAUCGUUAGAGGGUCUUUAUAAAUCAUCUGGGAACUUUUGUACUCAAUGUGAAGCAGAAGGUUUCCGCAAGAUUACAUUUUAUCAGGAUCGCCCUGACAUCAUGGCAAAAUAUACAUGCCACGUUGAGGCUGAUAAAACACUAUAUCCCGUAUUGUUAUCCAACGGAAAUCUUAUUGAGCAAGGGGACCUUGAGGAUGGCAGGCAUUAUGCUCUCUGGGAAGAUCCUUUCAAGAAACCCAGUUACUUGUUUGCAUUAGUUGCUGGGCAGCUUAUAAGCAGAGAUGACACAUUUGUGACCCGUUCUGGGCGUAAGGUUUCACUUAGGAUCUGGACCAAAGCAGAGGAUGUACCAAAGACAGCCCAUGCCAUGCAUUCCCUUAUGGCAGCCAUGAAGUGGGAUGAAGAAGUUUUUGGUCUUGAAUAUGACCUUGAUCUCUUCAACAUUGUGGCAGUCCCAGAUUUUAACAUGGGAGCUAUGGAAAACAAGAGCCUCAAUAUAUUCAACUCCAAGCUUGUCUUGGCAUCUCCUGAAACAGCAACAGAUGCAGAUUAUGCUUCAAUAUUAGGGGUUAUUGGUCACGAGUAUUUCCAUAACUGGACAGGCAACAGGGUGACAUGUCGUGACUGGUUCCAGCUUAGUUUGAAGGAAGGUCUUACAGUUUUUAGGGAUCAGGAGUUCUCAUCUGAUAUGGGAAGUCGCACGGUUAAGCGAAUUGCAGAUGUUUCAAGGCUUAGAACUUACCAGUUUCCUCAGGAUGCUGGGCCCAUGGCUCAUCCUGUAAGACCCCACUCAUACAUCAAGAUGGACAAUUUCUAUACAGUGACGGUGUAUGAGAAGGGGGCUGAAGUCGUUAGGAUGUACAAAACCUUGCUUGGAAGUUCAGGAUUCCGGAAAGGGAUGGAUCUCUAUUUUAAAAGGCACGACGGGCAAGCAGUUACUUGUGAGGACUUUUUUGCUGCUAUGCGUGAUGCGAAUGAUGCAGACUUCUCUAACUUUUUGUUGUGGUAUUCUCAAGCUGGAACUCCUCUUGUCAAAGUGACCUCGUCCUACAACUCUGAGACAAAUACUUACUCUCUCAAGUUUAGUCAACAAGUGCCUCCUACUCCAGGACAGCCAGUUAAGGAUCCUAUGUUUAUACCUGUGGCUAUUGGCCUCUUGGAUUCAAAUGGGAAUGACCUUCCUCUGACAUCUGUUUUUCACGAAGGGCUGCUGCAUUCUAUCUCAAGCAAUGGUCAUCCAGUGUCCACAACAGUCUUACGAGUUACAAAGGAAGAAGAAGAAUUUGUUUUCCAUGACAUACCUCAUAAGCCCGUUCCAUCGAUCUUGCGGAAUUAUAGUGCCCCCAUUCGUCUCGACUCUGAUCUGACUGAUGAUGACCUAUUUUUCCUUCUUGACCAUGAUUCUGAUGAAUUCAAUCGUUGGGAGGCAGGACAAAUAUUGGGAAGGAAGCUGAUGUUGAGCCUUGUAGCUGACUAUCAACAGAACAAGCCUCUCGUUUUGAACCCUAAGUUUGUAAAUGGAAUGAAGAGCAUUUUGUGUGACUCUAGCUUGGACAAAGAAUUCAUUGCUAAGGCAAUUACUUUACCUGGUGAGGGAGAAAUCAUGGACAUGAUGGAAGUUGCGGACCCAGAUGCUGUUCAUGCUGUUCGCUGUUUCAUUAAAAAACAGCUUGCUUCUGAGCUCCGUGGAGAGUUUCUCACGACAGUUAAGGACAACAGCAGUGCAGAACCUUAUGAAUUUAAUCAUCAUAACAUGACCAGACGUGCUUUAAAAAAUACUGCUCUUGCUUACCUUGCUUCAUUGGAUGACCUUGAACUCACAAAACUCGCAUUGAAUGAAUACAAAUCUGCGACAAACUUGACUGAGCAAUUUGCAGCUCUAACAGCUAUAGCUCAGAAUCCUGGCGAAGCCCGAGAUAGUGUUCUUGCAGAUUUCUACCGGAAAUGGGAGCAUGACUAUUUGGUUGUGAACAAGUGGCUCACUCUUCAAGCCAUAUCUGACAUACCAGGAAAUGUCAAGAAUGUCCAAAGAUUGCUGAACCAUCCAUCCUUUGACAUUCGCAAUCCAAACAAGGUCUAUUCUCUCAUUGGAGGUUUUUGCGGAUCUCCAGUAAAUCUCCAUGCGAAGGAUGGAUCUGGCUACGAGUUCUUGGGUGACAUAGUUUUGCAGCUGGAUAAAUUGAAUCCUCAGGUAGCUGCACGGAUGGUGUCUGCUUUCUCACGAUGGAGGCGCUAUGAUGAAACACGGCAAGCUCUUGCCAAGGUACAGUUGGAGAAGAUCGUAGCUGCCAAUGGGUUGUCAGAAAAUGUGUAUGAAAUUGCCUCCAAGAGCUUGGCUGCUUAGAGAGAGAGAGAGAGAGAGAGAGAGAGAGAGAGAGAGAGAGUAGGGAAAAGUGUCAGAUAGUUCUCAGGAUUCUCUGUUUAAUCCCGUUAUAAUCUUCCCACUUUGUCCUAUGGGUAUUUUUCUCUCUUAUUUGAGAAAGGCAUUUUGUGUAGUUCCAAAUGCUUUUAGGGUGGUUAUGUUUAGAGGGACUACUGAUCAUAUUUUGCUAAUAAAAGGACAUGCUAUGGUAAUUAAACUAUGGACACAGAUUAUGAGUC